AUGUCGAAACUCCCGGAGCUCGUGUACACGCCCAUCGACGGCAUUCCCGCGACUGUCAACCUUCUGCGCACGACCUUCAGCACCCAGAAGACCCGCAAUGUCGAGUACAGGUUGAAGCAGCUGCGCAAGCUGUAUUGGGGGCUGAAGGACAACGAGCAGCUCAUCCUCGAGGCCUGCAAGAAGGACCUGAACAAGUCCUCCUUCGAGACGUACAUGGCCGAGUAUGGCUGGGUCCUGAACGACAUCGUUUUCGUCCAGAACAACCUACCGAAAUGGGUCAAGGACGAGAAGGCGCCCGACAUCCCUCUCGCAAACAAGCUCCUCGCGCCGCACAUCAGAAAGGAGCCAUUGGGCACGGUUCUUGUUAUUGGCGCCUACAACUUCCCCAUCCAGCUUUCCCUCGGUCCCGUCAUUGGUGCCAUCGCUGCCGGCUGUACCGUGGUCCUCAAGCCCAGCGAGAGCGCUCCCGCCGCCGCUGCCGUCUUGGAGAAGGUGUUCCGCGAGUCGCUUGACUCGACCGCCUAUACCGUAGUUCAGGGAGCCGUUCCCGAGACCACCGCGCUGCUCGACCAAAAGUGGGAUAAGAUCUUCUAUACUGGUGGCGUCGGCGUUGGCACUAUUAUUGCGAAGAAGGCUGCCGAGACUCUCACCCCUGUGACGCUGGAGCUGGGCGGCAAGAACCCAGCCAUUGUCACUAAGAAUGCCGACCCCCGCUUGGCUGCGCGCAGGUUGCUAUGGGCGAAGCUCCACAAUGCCGGCCAGGUCUGCGUCAGCCAGAACUACAUCAUGGUUGACCAGGAGAUCCUGCCUGCGCUGCUUGCUGAGCUGCGCACCGCGUAUGAUGAGUUCUUCCCCCAGGGGGCGCGCAACAGCCCUGACUACAGCCAUAUCGUGAACGAGAGGCAGUUCAGGAGGUUAAAGAAGAUGCUCGACGAGAGCAAUGGCAAGAUCGUCAUGGGCGGCACCAUGGAUGAGUCGGAUCUGUUCUUCGAGCCUACCGUUGUGCAGGUCGAGAGCCAAAAUGAUAGCUUGAUUGCCGAAGAAAGUUUCGGUCCUCUUAUUCCUGUUCUGCCGGUUAAGGACCUGGACGAGGCUAUUAAGAUUGCGAACGACGUCCAUGACACGCCGCUUGGUGUCUAUCCUUUCGGUUCCAAGAAGGAGACGGAAAGGAUCCUUAACGAGACCCGAUCUGGCGGUGCCUCGGUCAAUGACGGUUUCUUUCACGCCGCGAUCCCUACCCUUGCUUUCGGUGGUGUCGGUACCAGCGGACAGGGCGCCUACCGCGGCCGCGCCUCUUUCGACGCCUUCACCCAUCGCCGCUCCGUGACGACGACCCCUGGAUGGAUGGAGUCUCUCCUCGCCGUCCGUUACCCGCCGUACACGGAUAAGAAGACGAAGCAAUACAAGCAGAUGAGCGAGCUUAAGCCCAACUUCGACCGCGAAGGAAACCCAAAGACCAACUGGCUCCUUACUCUUGUGGGCUUGGGCGCGAAAGGUAAGGGCGGUGGCCUCGUCAGAUGGCUGGUCGUGCUUAUUGUCGCAUACGGUAUGAAGCAAUACCGCGAGAGGGCGCUGCUGUAUUGUCGUUGCGAUAUCCCCAUGGCGAUGCUCUAA